AUGGAGAGUAGUGAAUUAGAUUCGGAAAAUCACCCUGAAACAAGCACUGAGCCUGGUAUACAUCUAAAUGGUUCGCGCAACGGGAGGAUCGAAGAGUUUGAGGAUGAUGAGGAAGAAAUCCAAAUGUCCUCACAAGAGGUUUUGGAAGCUCUUCAGCGCGCCUGGAUAAAUGAAAAAUUUGCCCCCGAUGUGCUCCCCUAUGAGGAGGCCCUGGUGGAAAUGGUUAUGAUACAGCUGGUGCACAUGGAAGAAAAUCUGGCAACGGCAAACAAAAAUGAUCUGCUCUACAUCGUACAUCGGAUGGAAGUGGAGCGGAUCAGAUUCAUCGUGGCCAGCUAUCUGCGGUGUAGAUUGCAAAAGCUAGAAACUUACGCAUCUCACGUCCUGAAUGUGGAGUCCAGCAGACCGCGCAAUUUGAAACGACUAUCGGAAGCUGAACACAAGUUUGCGCGUGACUUUCACGAUAGCGUCGAAACCCAUUUCCACGAGUUGGUCACUCGCCACAUGCCGCAAAACCAUCAAGAUGAUGAGCGAGCACGCCGGGUCGUUCCAAAUUUAAACACACACGUCUUUGCUCGCGCAAGGCAAGACGUUGGGGAAUAUUCACUGGGCGGAGGUGAACACUCGGUCAACAUUCGAGUCGGUGCAGUACAUUUGUUCCGAUAUCGCGAUAUUGAGGCGCUGGUAAUCGAAGGAAAACUAGAAUUAAUCUGA